AUGGUUGUUUCGGAUAAACAAUUGGUUAAGCAUUUGCAAAAGGAAGUUUCUAGAUUGGAAGCUGAGUUGCGUACUCCCGAUCCAUUAAAUGAGAAAGAUUCUAAAAUUCGUCAGAUGGAAAGGGAAAUUGAAGAAUUGAGGAGACAAAGAGAUCAGGCAGUGUCACAAGUGGAUGAGCUACGUCGUAAACUUCAAGAAGAACCAAAGGUAUCGAAUCCACAACAAUCUCAACUUCCAUUAUCCAAAAAAUGUCUCUCGUUCUCGGGGACAUUACCAUCAGUCAUCGAGGGAAAAGAACCAACGCGCUUCGAGAAAACACGAAACACAACAGUUCGACAAAGCAUGCGUCAAUCUUCAACAGCUCCAUUCACACUCAUGCACGAAAUCAGGAAGCUAGAACACCUUCAAGAGCAGUUAGGUGAAGAAGCAAAUAGAGCCCUAGAAGUUCUUCAAAAAGAGGUCGCGUGUCAUCGCCAAGGCAACCAGGACGCCGCCGAGACAAUAGCCAAAUUACAGGCGGAGAUUCGCGAUAUGUGCGCCGUCCGACCACCGCCAAAAGACGUCGACGUUGAGAACAUCGUCCCUGUUAACAAAAGCGUUAGCGCUAACCUAAAAGACGAAAUCACUCGACUUCACUCUCAAGGGAGCAACAUCGCGAACCUUGAAGAACAACUCGAAAAUGUCCAGAAGUCGAUCGAUAAAUUGAUCAUGUCGCUUCCGAAUAACGAUCAGAUGAAAAACCAGUCGAAGAAGAAAAAGUCGAGUCCUUUGACUUCCAGCAAUGCGGUCAACAAGCCGACUUUUAUAAGAUCUCCUUGUUCACCUCUUUCAUCUGCUCGGGAUGUAUUUGAUGCGGAAAGUGAAAAUAGAGCGCCGGAAAACGAUGACACUGUCACCGGUGACACUCCGGCAGUGUCUGAGAAAGAGACUCCGGUGAAGAGUGAGGAAGGUACUCCACAUCGGCGUUCGAGUUCUGUUAAUAUGAGGAAAAUGCAAAAAUUGUUUCAAAAUGCAGCGGAAGAGAACGUGAGAAGCAUAAGAACUUAUGUAACUGAGCUGAAAGAACGUGUAGCUAAACUACAAUACCAAAAACAACUACUUGUUUGCCAGGUGCUUGAGCUGGAAGCUAAUGAAGCAGCAGGAUAUGAUGUUGAAAAUGAUGAGAACACAGAAGACAUACCUGAGGUGUCCCCAGUUCCAUGGCAUAUAACAUUUAGAGAGCAAAGACAGAAGAUAAUUGAAUUAUGGGACCUCUGUUUUGUCUCAAUCAUCCAUAGAACUCAAUUCUAUAUGCUAUUUAAGGGAGACCCAGCUGAUGAAAUUUACAUGGAAGUUGAGCUGAGGCGACUCAAUUGGCUCGAACAACAUUUAACCGAACAUGGAAAUGCAACCCCGGCUCGUGGUGGUGGUGCUACAGACGGGCCCACAAUCUCCAUAUCUUCAAGCCUUAAAUCACUGAAGCGGAAAGGGAGUUUUUAGCAAAGAGGCUAACAACACGUUUGACAACAGAAGAAAGAGAACUUCUAUACAUGAAAUGGGAUGUACCCCUUGAGGGAAAGCAACGUAGGAUUCAAUUCGUAAGCAAACUCUGGACAAAUCCACAUGAUGCUGAACAUGUACAAGAAAGUGCAGAAAUUGUUGCAAAGCUUGUUGGGUUUCGUGAAGGUGGAAAUUUGUCUAAAGAAAUGUUUGAGCUUAAUUUCGUGCUUCCUUCUGAUAAUCGACCAUGGAUCAUGGGGUGGAACCCCAUCUCAAAUCUUCUCAAUCUGUGAGAAGAAGGAAAAUUUAGUGAUUUCAUUUUUUUUUGUGGCAAGUAAGAAUGGCAUUCAUUCUUUAUUUAUUUAUUUUCCUUUUUGAAUGUAUAUGAUGAAUGUUGGAUGUUGG